ACACCCACACACCAGCAGAUGAUCACAUGGAACAUAACCAUCACAGAUCACCGCAUUGGCAUCACACGUACUUAUAAUUAGAAAUCAGUACAAUCUGUCACAUUUUACCGGCUUAAAAAUAUUUAUUUAACAUUAAAAAAAAAUAUUAACAAUAAUUUUAACAAUGGAAAAUACAAAACUGACUAAUGUCCCCCAGGAAAACAACCUGAAAGAAAAAGAAGAAGAAUCAGUAACAGAGGAAGAAUUGCAAGCCGUAAAAUCAAGCUGGCUUAACAAGACACAGCUGACCUCCAAGAAAUCGGAGUACCCGGUGCUGCCUAAGAAGGGCGAGCGAAACAUUUUAAUCACCUCUGCGCUGCCGUACGUGAACAACGUUCCUCACCUGGGAAACAUAAUCGGGUGCGUACUGUCAGCUGAUAUAUUCGCGCGGUUCUGUCGCCAGAAGAAUUACAACACCCUGUACGUGUCAGGAACUGACGAGUAUGGAACCGCGACUGAAGCUAAGGCCUUCGAGGAGAAGAUGACUUGUCAGGAGAUUUGCGAUAAGUACUUUACUAUUCACGACGAGGUCUACCGCUGGUUCAACAUCGCCUUUGAUAGGUUCGGGAGGACUUCUACCAAGGAACAGACCGAGGUCGUUCAACAGUUCUUCCUGAGGGUCAAGGAACAGGGGUAUAUUUUUACAGACACCGUUGAUCAGUUACGGUGUGAAGGUUGCGAAAAGUUCCUCGCGGACAGAUUUGUUGAAGGAAUUUGUCCUGAUUGUAAGUACGAGGAUGCUCGUGGUGAUCAGUGCGAUGGUUGUGGUCACUUGAUCAAUGCUACUGAGCUGAUUAAUCCUAGGUGCAAACUGUGCAAUCAGACUCCGGUUGUUAAAACUUCGGAGCAUUUCUUCUUGGAUCUUCCUAAGAUCGAACCGAAGAUAAAGGAGUACGUUUCAUCAGCAGAAGAAAACUGGUCUGGCGUAGCAAGAUCAGUAACAAAACCGUGGCUCCGGGAUGGCUUGAAGCCGCGAUGCAUUACCCGGGAUAUUAAAUGGGGAAUCCCCGUUCCGCUGGAAGGCUACGAAGACAAGGUGUUCUACGUGUGGUUCGACGCACCUCUUGGGUACCUCAGUAUCUCCAAGAAAUACCACGAGGACUAUGAGCAGUGGUGGCGUCCCCAACCAGAGAUGGACGUCUCGCUGUACCAGUUCAUGGCCAAAGACAAUGUUCCGUUCCACGCGAUAAUGUUCCCCGCGUCCCUGCUCGCGGCUAACCAAGGUCACGUCCUGGUAAAGAGUAUCAUGGCUGUAGAGUAUCUUAACUACGAAGACACCAAGUUCUCCAAGUCUCGGGGAGUUGGAGUCUUUGGUACCGAUGCCAAGGAAACUGGGAUUCCUGCUGAUGUCUGGAGGUUCUAUCUUGCUUACGUCCGCCCGGAGGGUCAAGAUACUAAUUUUAAUUGGACUGACUUGGCGACUAAGACUAACAGUGAAUUGCUUAAUAAUUUUGGCAACUUUGUUAAUAGAUCUCUUGCUUUCGCUGAAAAAAAUUACGAAGGAAUAAUCCAAGAAAUGGAACUUCGUGAUGAAGAGUAUAAUUUGCUAGCAUGUGUACAGCGUGAAUUGACACAGUACAAUUUAUUAAUGGAACAAGCUAAAUUACGUGAUAGCUUGAAAUUAAUUUUGUCAAUAUCGAAGCUGGGUAAUCAGUAUCUACAAGCGCAACAACCUUGGGCUAAAAUGAAAGGAGAUGAUAAUGAUAAAAAAAUCGCAGGAAUGGUAUCUGGAAUCUGCUGCAACUUAAGUUGCCUGUUAUCAUCACUAAUUGGUCCAUUCAUGCCCGCAAUAUCACUAUCUCUCCGAGCCCAACUAGGACUUGAGGACCACUACGGCUUCAUCCCCGACAAGGUGACCAUUUUACUGGAACCAGGUCACAAAAUCGGCAAAUCUUCUCCAUUGUUCGCCAGAAUAACUGACAAGGAAAUCCAGGCUCUCCGUGAAAAGUUCGGUGGAGUAAAAGAGGAAAAACCGAAGAAGAAUAAAAAGACUCAGAAGCAGAGUAAGAAAAACAAGGAUGAAGUCGCUGAUUUACAAAAGUCUAUAGCCAGCUUGUAAUUGUUUUCAAUCAAAAUAAUACAAAUUUUGUAAUUUUUUACACU